AUGAGUCUCCUUUUCUCGAUUUUCCCUUCCCGUCACCCCCAAGACAGACCUAAGGAGAAAGCUCAAAAGACUACCGACUUUUCCCUCUCGCUAUUAACACCGAUCAAUAUGCCAUACAUGGUUCGUCAUUCUGAUUCCGUUACUGAAACGCCGCAAACAACAAACCAAACAGUAGUUUUCGCGCAUAUAACAGAGCCAACCAUAAGCAGACAAUCAAUAAACCGGGAUGCCCUUCGUGGUCGUGACUGCGCUCACCAAAAAGCGCCUGCGAAACAAAUAUUCGUCUCGGCGCAGGUAGUAAAGACACGCACGAAAUCAUCAAAUCUCGAUUCCUCGUACACUCAUGCCUCGUUGAGCAUCGUCGCCCAACAAAACAACAAAGCCAAGUUGCAAUCGAAGCUGGGUCAUGCUCAAGACAAACGGGGUAUCCUCAAGAGCACAAAAGUCUUCUAA